CGCCCUCCUCCCCGCGGGGUUUGUGUCGGUCUCUCCCGUAGGAUAUGGCCGAGGUACCGCCGGGGCCUAGCAGCGUCCUCUCCCCGCAGGGGGACACGCUCUCCCCCUUCCCCGGAGGAGGAGGAGGAGGGGGGGCUGCUUCCUCCUCCUCCUCCUCCUCUUCUUCUUCCACCUCCGCCGCUGCCGCCGCCUCCGCCUGCGCCGGGGCCCAGGACGAGGAGGCCGAAGAGGAGGGAAGAGGAGGGACCCGCGGGCGGACGGGAGCAGCAGCGAGGAGGAGGAGGAGGAGGCAGCAGCGACGGCGGCAAGGGGGGGCCGCAGCAGCAGCAGCACCGCCUCCACCACCACCACCACCACCCCCCGCACCACAACCACCAGCUCAACGGCCUCAUCAGCCCCGAGCUGCGGCACCUGCGGGCCUCCCUCAAGAGCAAGAUCCUCGGCUCGGAGGCAGGGGCAGCCCCCGAGGGGCAGGAGAACAAGCGAGCCAGCAAAACAAUGGGCUCCGGACAGCAGCAGCAGGCAUCGCCUCCGGCCACAGCACCGUGCUCGUCCCCCCUUAGCAACCACCUCCCUCCCCAGGGAAGGACUGCACCCUCUCCUCCUCCUUCUCCCCCAGCAGCAGCAGCAGCACCAGGGGACAGGAGCCAGCCUGCUGCCACAACUCCGACUGCUGCUAAGACUGCAGCCCGCAAUGGACUGGCAGGAGGGACUGGCUUGGAGGAGGAAGAGCAGGAGGAGGGGGAUGAAGGAGGGGAGGAGGAGGAGUCCCUGCUGCUACUCUCUAGGUCCUUAGCAGCAGCCUGCAGUUUGAAAGGCUCGGGAACGGACUCUCAGCCCGAGGAGGACCUAACGAUACGAUACGUCCGAUACGAGUCAGAGCUGCAGAUGCCCGAUAUCAUGAGACUGAUCACCAAAGAUCUGUCUGAACCCUACUCCAUUUACACGUAUAGGUAUUUUAUCCACAACUGGCCACAGCUUUGCUUUUUGGCCAUGGUAGGGGAAGAGUGUGUAGGUGCCAUCGUCUGCAAGCUGGAUAUGCACAAAAAGAUGUUCCGCAGAGGUUAUAUAGCCAUGUUAGCAGUGGAUUCCAAAUACAGAAGAAAAGGAAUUGGUACAAACUUGGUUAAGAAAGCUAUUUAUGCUAUGGUUGAAGGAGAUUGUGAUGAGGUUGUAUUGGAAACAGAAAUCACAAAUAAGUCUGCUUUGAAACUUUAUGAAAACCUUGGUUUUGUGCGAGACAAGAGGCUGUUCAGAUACUAUUUAAAUGGAGUUGAUGCACUGCGUCUUAAACUAUGGCUGCGUUAAAAGAAACCAUCACAUCAAGCAACUGACGUCCCAACAGCGCAGAGUUGUCCUUUGCAUGCAAUGCAAUUUGUACAAAAUUGCUUUGCAGGUGGACUUAGUAAUUUCCAUGCAGCUCUUAUCUGUCAGUGUCUCAUUUGAGUGUCGCACAUAUUUGUUGCACUUUGGCAUGGCGCAUUUGUUCAGAAUUAAAGCCGAUCGUUUCAAACUUCGAGUUCCUUUUGGUACCAGCAAGAUGUGCCACUUGAUAGCCAAGAUAUGUUCGUUCAUUUGCAAGUCUACUGACUGUAUUACAUACACAGUGAACAUUUUAUCAAAGAACCUGUAUGUGGAACACGACUUUUGGUUCCAGCAAAAAGCCAAUGUAGAUUGUAAAAUUCUAUAAGUAUACUAACAUUUCAUACAAAAAAUUGCCAUAGUUUUCUGGAAAAAGGCUUCAAUUUUAGGUUUUAUUUUUCAAUAUUGAAUUUUCCAUUCUUAAAUAUUGGUACCUCAGUGAUUAGUGAAUGAAAAAAUGUAUUGUAGGGUGGGGUGUGUGUUACAAUGAGUAACAGUAACAAUUAAAUUGCGUCUGCCAGUGCCUGUAUAGAUAAGUAUAUUUGUCUUCACCUCUAAGUUUGGAGUGCAUGCUUUUAUUCUUUUACUUUCUUCAAUUGUCUUUGCAAGAAAAAAAAAUCUGCUUUUAUUUAAAUUCUGGAUUUGAUAAUAAAUUAUUUCAGAUUUUUAUAAUUUGGAUACUUCUCCCAGACGAGGGUUUGGAAGGCCCUUCUUUUCUUAUAGCAAGAAGUGUAAGCUAUUUUGAAAACCUUGAGUAGCUGCUAAAACAGAACCUGAUGUUGCCAGUAAAUCUCUGCUGGUUUUGGAUGCACUUUUUUCUUUAAAAGAGUGAGGGACUUUUAAAAGAAGAUAUAGAAAAUUAAUGUAAAUUGGUAUGAUUUUAUUUAAUCAAAAUUAUCGCUAGAAGCUCUGAAAAACAUCUAUUUUAAAAUAGUUGGAACAAUUUUUUUUUAUCCAGAUUCAGUUUGCUUUGCUUCAGUGUUCUAAAAUGCUUCAAUCUUUGGUUCUUGGUCUUGGAAAUAAAUUUCAAGGUGUAUUGUAUCCAUUUUUAGCUGCUCUCAUUUUCUCUAAACUUACAUGAGCUAAAUUAUUGGGGGAUUUUUUUUUUUCCUUCCAAAAUCAAAGCAGUGGGGAAGAGAUUUCUCUUUUUCUGCCUCUCCCCCCCCUUCCUCCCUCUCCCCUCCUCUCUCUCUCUCUGGUUUUACAUAGGUUUUACCAAUACCCAUCAAUUUGUUCAGUAAUUACAAUGUCUAGGCUUUCUUGUUCAGCGUGGUUAUAUAGCCCAGUUCUAUGAAUCAGUUGGGUUGUUUUGUUUUCUGUUUUUUUAUUUUAUUUUUGUGGGUUGCUUUUUUCCACUUUGAAAAAAGGAAUUAGCUGGCUUGUGGAAGAACCUACAUAAUCUGUGGAAAAAAGGAUGAGCUCUCAGUGAACCCGCUCUUCUGUAGUUGAGCGAUUACUCUUCAGAUUUGCCUUACUACAUUUUUUUUAAAGAGUUUGGUUUGAAUCAUGGUCACUUUGCUAAUUAUUGUACGUUUAACAACAAAAACAACAAAACCCCUACCUCCAGUACCAUUUGGAAAAGAUCCCUGUGCAGGAAAACUGGAUUUAAAGAGAAGCCUUAUUUUGCACAGAGCAAUCGCACAUGGUGAUGGGCGUUUCUUACCAUGUACAAAUUAUGAGUUGUAUUUGAAAAUAAAGACUUUUAAUGGAAAUUGGCCCUUCUGAGUUUUCUGCUCGUAGAUGCGUUUUGUGCUUUUGAGGGGGCUUGUUCCCCUCAAUAAAGAAAACUCAUGAUUAAAAUGGUGCCUGAAUCAAAGUGUUAUGAACUUCUUCAGGAGGUUUCAGACGUAGUUAAGACUUCAAUUGUUGGGAAUGCUAAAUCAAUAGAAACAGGCUUCUCUCAACCGUCUUCCAGUUGUCUGGGAAAUCGUGGCUGCUCUGGCGUGCUUGAACUGAGGAGACAGAUAAGAGAAGCUUCGUGCCUUGCUAGCAGCUGCUGGGCUUGUAUCGCAAACUGCAAACCAGGCUGUCUUGUGUGUCUGCUGAUGUUUAAAAACCAAAAAGCCAGACAGGCAAGUUUCCUAUAGGUUAAUAUUUAAGCUGUGGGUGUCUUGAGAUUGAAAAGCAGGCUUGAAAGUUAGCUUCAAUCACUUUUGGGGAAGGCACUGCCAAAAAACCUUGACGUCUGAGCAAACUUCAAAUACAAUUCUGUUUGUGUGUUGUAAGAAGUCGUUCUCGCCAUGCUGUUCUUGAAAAUGCUGCGCAAAAUAGGUGCAGGUUUCUUUUCAAAGAGCACAUUGCCUGAAAGGUUCUGGUAUUGCUGCUGUGUAACACGCAGUUCACUACGGCAGGUACUGAAGCUGUAUGCGUUGGUUUGUAUUAAAAGGAACAGAUUUAUUCUCUGUGUUGCUUGAAGUUGGGUAUCAAGUGGGAAGUUAUGAAUUGCAAAGAGAUGGAAAUGGGUUUUCAAAACAGAUCUAGCAAUGAAAAGUUGUUUAUUUCUCAUGUCUGUUGCUAAAUCACAGUCUUCUUCCCCCUCACCUUUUGCAUUGACAAAUCUUACUAAGGAGUUGAUCGUUUGUGUUUGACUUUGCCCAAAUAUUGCUAUUGGCUGACAUGUCAGUACGGAUGUUUGCUUUAUAUUGUUUUAUUUUUCUUGUUGUUUUUAUUCUUUUUUUUGUUUUUAUUUUUUAAGAGAAUGAUCAGGUUCAUCACCUUUAAGAAAAGCAGGCAUAGUCUAAUUGGCAUUGCAUAGUACACCGCAAACUUUUUCAGGGCACCACAAGGCAUUGCUAAAACUGAGUGCUAUGUUUAAAAAAAGAAAACAAAACUUUCAGGUCUUGUAUAACCAUUACAACCUAUAUUGGAGUUCAGGUAUCAAUGGGCAUCUAUGGAAAUAUCAAGUGUAUCUCACAAUACUGGACUGCUGUUUUGAGUGGAUUAUAUUCUUCUGUCCCUUUAUCCUUUUUGAUGAGAACAAAAACAGUGGGGUUAUGAAAUGUACAAGCUGUCUAAAUACAAUGCAGUCAAAUAAAUGGUUAAGUUGUUUAUCUAUUUCCUUUUGAA